AGCGGCUGAGGACUCGAGGUCCGACGGCUUCUCGGGAGCGAGGGCAGGGCCGGCCUGGGUGUCUCCGGGUCGAGGGCCAGUGGCCGACAGGGCGAUGACUUUCCAGGUUUGGGGGUGGCGGAGGGAAGACGCAUCUCAGGCUUCCGCCUGGGUGCCCGACGCCGAGGGAGGGCGAGGGCGAGCCAUGCCGGGCAAGACGCUGGCUACAAAAGACCCCACAGCUGUCGAGCGAGCAAACUUGCUAAACAUGGCUAAACUGAGUAUCAAAGGACUCAUUGAAUCGGCUCUGAGCUUUGGCCGCACCCUGGAUUCUGACUACCCUCCCUUGCAGCAGUUUUUUGUUGUUAUGGAGCAUUGUCUGAAACAUGGUCUUAAAGUAAGAAAAUCAUUUUUGAGUUACAACAAAACCAUCUGGGGCCCUUUGGAGCUGGUGGAGAAGCUGCAUCCGGAAGCAGAGGAAAUAGGAGCCAGUGUCCGGGACUUACCUGGUCUUAAGACCCCCCUGGGUCGUGCGAGAGCAUGGCUUCGGUUAGCCCUCAUGCAAAAAAAGAUGGCCGAUUACCUGCGCUGCUUAAUUAUUCAGAGGGAUCUCUUUAGUGAGUUCUAUGAGUAUCACGCACUGAUGAUGGAAGAGGAAGGAGCAGUGAUUGUGGGGCUGCUGGUUGGCCUGAACGUGAUCGACGCGAACCUGUGUGUGAAGGGAGAGGAUUUAGACUCACAGGUUGGAGUGAUUGACUUUUCCAUGUACUUAAAGAAUGAAGAAGAUAUUGGAAAUAAAGAAAGGAAUGUUCAAAUUGCUGCCAUAUUAGAUCAAAAGAAUUACGUUGAAGAAUUAAAUAGGCAACUGAACAGCACAGUCAGCAGCCUUCAUUCCAGAGUUGAUUCAUUAGAAAAGUCAAAUACCAAGCUGAUUGAAGAGUUGGCUAUCGCGAAAAAUAAUAUCAUUAAACUGCAAGAAGAAAAUCAUCAGUUACGAAGUGAAAAUAAAUUGAUUUUAAUGAAAACACAGCAGCACCUAGAGGUUACAAAAGUAGAUGUGGAAACUGAGGUUCAAACGUAUAAGCAUUCUCGGCAGGGGCUGGAUGAAAUGUACAAUGAAGCCAGAAGACAGCUUCGAGAUGAAUCUCAGUUAAGACAGGAUGUGGAGAAUGAGCUAGCUGUACAAGGAAGCAUGAAACAUGAGAUUGAACUUGCCAUGAAGUUGUUGGAGAAAGACAUCCACGAGAAACAAGAUACUUUGAUAGGACUUCGACAACAGCUAGAGGAAGUUAAAGCAAUUAACAUAGAGAUGUAUCAAAAGUUGCAGGGUUCUGAAGAUGGCUUAAAAGAAAAAAAUGAAAUAAUUGCCCGACUAGAGGAAAAAACCAGUAAAAUUACUGCAGCCAUGAGGCAGCUGGAACAAAGAUUGCAGCAAGCAGAGAAGGCGCAAAUGGAAGCUGAAGCUGAAGACGAGAAAUAUCUACAAGAAUGUCUGAGUAAAUCCAACAGUCUGCAGAAACAGAUCGCCCAGAAGGAGAGACAGCUGGUUCAGCUGGAAACUGAUUUGAAGAUUGAGAAGGAAUGGAGGCAAACUUUACAGGAAGAUCUUCAAAAGGAGAAAGAUGCCUUAUCUCAUCUUAGAAAUGAGACCCAACAAAUGACUAGUCUUAAAAAAGAGUUCCUUAGCCUCCAGGAUGAAAACCAGCAAUUGAAAAAAAUCUGUCAUGAACAAGAGCAAGCUCUCCAAGAACUCGGCAACAAGCUCAGCGAAUCAAAACUUAAGAUAGAAGACAUAAAAGAAGCCAACAAAGCAUUGCAGGGACUGGUUUGGCUGAAAGACAAAGAAGCAACACACUGUAAACUUUGUGAAAAGGAAUUCUCACUAUCAAAAAGAAAGCACCACUGUAGAAACUGUGGGGAGAUUUUCUGUAAUGCCUGCUCUGACAACGAGCUGCCUCUGCCUUCUUCACCAAAGCCAGUCCGGGUCUGUGACUCCUGUCACGCAAUGCUUAUUCAGAGAUGCUCAUCUAAUUUGCCAUAAGACUCCAGACCUGAAUCCACCUGUAUGAACCUGCAGCGAAUGCUCUAUGACCGUGUAUACAAGGCAUCGGCCAGCCCUUCCUGAGCAGCUUUCAGCCAGUUACUGGUACCAUGGAUCUGCUUAUUCAGCUCAUGGGAAUUAUAAAAUUCUAUCAUUUAGUAUUUCCUUCCUGACAUUGUUACUCAGAAUUUUCAACAGAGCAUGCUUUAAAAGAACUUUAGCCUAAUUUGUAAUAUAGUAACCAUGUAAUAACCAACCCUUGUCUCCAUCUAAAGGCCAGAUAGCUGACACACAUUUGCCUUAUCUUGUAAAAAGCCUUUUCAAAAAUAAGGCUUCAGAUAUAUUCUAGAUUGUCAGACUGGUAUUUGAUGGUGCCUGUAAGUCUCUUAAUGCACUUUAAAGCUUCACAGCUCUAAGACUGGAAAAGCACCAAUCUUGCUUUAAGUAUUAGUACUCUAAUUCAACACAUUUUUCAUUAUCUUAAUAGUACUCUAAUUUUAUUACAUUUGCACUUUCUCCUCCUUUGCCUUUUCUGCAUUGGAAAAGGCUAGUAUUUGUAUUUACCUUACAAAUUCUUGCUUGCUGGUGUCUUUCAGGGACACUGGGCUAAUUCAGUCUCUACCUUCCCCUUGCAAUCUUUUUCUUUUAUUUGACAGGUAGAGAUAUAGACAGAGUGAGACAAGGUCUUCUUUCCGUUGGUUCACUCCCCAAAUGGCUGCUACGGCCGGUGCUGUGCCGAUCUGAAGCCAGGAGCUUCUUCCUGGUCUCCCACACGGGUGCAGGGCCCAAGCACUUGGGCCAUCCUCCAUUGCCCUCCCGGGCCACAGCAGAGAGCUGAACUGGAUGGAAGAGGAGCAACCAGGACUAGAACCUGGUGCCCAUAUGGGAUGCUGGUGCCGCAGGCAGAGGAUUAACCAAGUGAGCCACAGCACCUACCCCCGCCUUGCAAUCUUGAAGUGUAUAACCAUCAUCCUUUUAUCUUAAUUGCCAGAUCGAGAUUUUCCCAUAUGCUGCCUGUUUUCACUGAAUUGCUAACUUUGGUAGAGGUGGCUCAGACUCCACUUCAAAGAGCUCUCAGAAAAGAAAGUUUGUAGUAAAAUGGGAUUGCAAGCUCCUGAUUCUCUCCUUUAGGUGUUAAAAGUACAUGAAAAAUGAGAACUUUGCCUUUUGAUAGGACAUAGGCUUGCGUCAUUCAAACUUAGGAAGGAUGCUUCCUAACACUGCCACAGUACGUGCACAGUAAAAUUUCACUGUCUACCAAGCACUGUGUGCCAGUUUUGAGAUUGAGGGUCUGCUCUACCAUGAAACACUUAAACUAUUUAUAAACUCAAAGAUAAAUGGACACUAAUCCAAUCACACUGCUUAUAGUAAGAACUUUAUCUGUAAAAACUAUUACGUUUAGAUAAUCACUUACAUGGCAUCACCAUUCAAGAUCCUAUUUUUGUAUGUCAUGCAUGAAUUUUACAAUACCUAGGAGCAUUAAUUUAAUGAUCCCUCAUAGAUACCUGUGCCCCUAAGUACUUAUUUUGCAGCAUAUUUCUCAUUAAAAUCUAAAAUUUUCUAAAUUGCCAAGGUGUGAAACCAGUAUUUUACUUCUAAGGUCUAUUUUCUCUAGAACCCAUAAAUUUCUAGUCAGCUUUUGAGGUAACUUCGAUUAAAUUGGACAUAUGGAUUUUUAGAUGGUCUUUCUUGAAUACUCACAGGAAUGUCCUUAAGAGAAUUAUAUUCUUAGAAACUGUUUUGUAUUGAUGAAUAGCGCUUUUGAUUAUCAAAAAUCAGCAUAAAUGGAAAUUAUCAAAUUUUAUAAUGCAAGUUUAAAUUCUAAGUGAUUUCAUUCAGUAAAGAAAAAUUUGUCAAUUUCUCACCACACAAAACUCACGUGUCAUCGUUGAUUUGUGUUGUUUGGAGGUAGGUUUUACAACAGCAGUAACUUAGUUUUGGCUUGUUUUAAACCACGUAUACUAAUUUUGGAUUCUUCUGUUAUGAAACUUGUAUAUUUUGUUAUGAUGGACCCCUGACACCAACUUUUCUAAACAAACCUCACACCAUUCCCUCACCUAGCCAGUGUUAUCACAAUAAUGCUAUCAUGGUGCCAAGGAAUUGCAAUUGUAAUUCUAAUCUGUUUUAAAAACAAAAUGUGAAUUUUAUAAACAAAAUAAAGAUUUGAAAAAUCAGUCUGU